AUGUCUCGCGUGCUUGGCUCCAUCCUUCGCGGCGGGCUGAGGGUUUGGCUGUGGGGGCGCUUCCCGCCCGCUCCUCCCGUCAGGCAGUGCGGCGGCCAGCCCCGCCCCUCCGCGUCGGCCGCGCCGCUCAUGCGUGCUUCAGUGCACGCCUGUGCGCAGGCUGGCCGUGCACACGGGGCCAGCGGAGCCGCCGGUGCGCGGCCCCUCAUGGCCAAGCGGCACGCGGAGCCGCUGAUGUGUCACGUGCUCGUGAAGCGGCCGCUGCGCGAGCCGGCGCUGCCCCGCGCAGGCGAGCGGCGGCCCCGGGCAGAGCCGGGCUGCGCGGGCCCGGCCGCGCCCAAGCGCCCGUUGGAGGAGGCGGAGGCGCCGCCGGGAAAGCGGCUCGGGCCCGGCGCCUCCCGUGCGCAGCCGGGGGACGCGGGCGGCGGGCGGCUGCGGCGCAGCGGAACCGCGGUGCCUCAGGAUGCGCCGGCGGCGGAGGGACGCGCGGGCCGCCGGGGUAAAGAGACGGGCGCCGAAGAAGAAGAGGAAUUCUGUCAGUACAACUCAUUCCUGUACUGGAGAGCACCACUGCCUGCUAUUGAUUUGUCUGAUAUUCAGAACCUAGAUGAAGAGACUCCAUCGGGCACUAAAACUGCUGCAAAGACUGAUACCACAGAGACCGAAAUGGAAACCUGAUCAGUUGUUUCAUAGCUGUGCAUCUGUUCCCAGGGAACUUGGUCCCAUUGAGAUUCAGGUUUUGUUCCCUGGAUGAAUGAUAAGUAUGCUUAUGCCGUCUUGGAGAAACUGUUGUGGCAGUCUUUAAAAGCAAGUCUGAGUUGCCUUAGUGGAUGGGAUAAAUGAUAUUUGGUACUUAACAGUAAACUGUUUGGAGGUUUGCAGUAAGGAGGAGCCAACAGUGUCUAACAAGAAUACUUGAAAACAUAGAGGCAGACUAAAGGAAUACAGAAAAUUAGAACUUUGGGAAGCAAUUGAAGGAAAUGGGGAUAUGUUUCAUAUCAAUAGGAAAUGCAAAAUCAUUUUGUCCUUAACAAAAAAAAGUGUGCUACCUGAAAGUGAAACAUGUAGCAUGAAUUUAUCAUAAAGCACACAAACUAGUGAUUUCCAGUGUGGUUUUUUUUCUGUAUAAUAGCUAAACCAAAAAAUAAAAGUCCAUCAAAACUGGACAAAAUGUUCCCUUUUCUAUGCAAACCAAAAAUGAAGUGUGGCAGAGAAGGGGAAGGAAAGGGGGGGUUACUUUCUGCUGAAAGCUACUGCUGUUCUGAAAGGUUUCAUAUUCUCAUUGUGAAAAAGCUUUUUCACCUUCUCUUUUUCACACAGCAGUGGACACCCAGUUUUAAAUGUUUUUGGUUCAUUCUGAAGUUAUAGCUGUUCUUAGUCUUUGUGACGUUACUCAGUUGUUAGCAUUUUAAUGACACGUUUGGGCAAACGUGUCAAAAAAAGUUAGUGCAAUAUAAAAGGACCACACACUCUUUCAAACUUUACUGAAUGAGGUGUAGUUUUUGCAGACUGUGAAUCUUGCAGAAAGUUUUUGCAGAAGUUCAAGUAGUGGUUUUUUUCUGUGAAAUAUGAACUUAAUGUUUGUGAUUUGCAAUUUAUUUACAAAUUGAAAUACAGUUAGAAAGUCAUGUUUUUGAUAAUAGACUGAAGUUGUAUGGGAAGACUUAGAUUUUGCAAAUAUGGUCUGUAUUUUUUCUGUAAUCAUUAUGCAAAAAGGCAACUUUUGAAUUUUAUUUUUUUCUAAUAAUGUGCUUGCAAAGGACAAUAAAGUUAUGCCUUGUGUAUGUGAAAUCUUUGGCGCUGUUACUAUGUGAAGUUCUUGACUUUAUUUCCUAAGAUUGCGACUUUGUUGAUUUGCUAGGUCUUUUUGCUUAAAAUAGCAAGCUUUUCAGCAUUCUUGGUAAACACUUGGAAACUUUCUGGUAUUUGUGCUGUGUAGAUAUCUAUUUGUUGCUUAUUAAUUUAGCUUGUUAAGAUCUCUGAAUACCUUCUGUAGAAAGGAGGUGACUUAGUUACUUAGGCAGUUCAGGGUGCCUCUUUAUAUAUCCUUCUACCUUUUGUCAGAUUAGCUGGAUAUGUAUUGGGACUAUAUGUAUUUUUCUCAGACAGUUUUAACCAUUUAUGUAAGUACAAAUACACCAACUUGUCUUAGGAGGUUAUUUGAUUUUUUUUAAAAAACUUUUUCUGGCAAGAAGACUAUAAAACUGCUAUUUCGUGUUUACUAUAACCAAAAUAAAUGAGUGUAAAAAAUAGAUCAA